UCCUUUGCAUGAAUUCGAAAAAUUUCCGCGGGUGAGAUCGAACCAUAAGUUUAUUUUCAUCGUGGUGUUUUAUCUGUCUUCUGCAGCAGCAGCAGCAGCAGCAGCAGGUUUUGUAAUAAACUGUGUUGAGUGAUGAGUUGAUAUGGCGACACCAAAGGAAAAUAUGCGGACUUUGAUUCGCGAGGGAGAUGCGCUGAAGAAAGAGGUGGAUGCCUUUGCAGUUGAAUGCCAAGGAGUCAUUGAAGAUAUGGGGCUGUCCGACAGGAAACAACGCAUGAAGAAGUUACUGCAAAGGAGCAAAGACUUGAUUAAGAAGACUACCAAGAUGGAGCAGAGGGUGUCGAAACACACUAAAGGUAAAGAAACAACCCCAAUCAGUCGAUUUGACGAUGUCAAAGCUGAUGAACUGAAGCGGCUCAGAAAUCUAAAGAAUCGUCUUGAGAAGCUCAAAGAGAGUCUUAUCCCUAACGAGACGGAGGAAGAGUACUUUCGCCAAAUGGGGGAUGAGGCAGGAGCGACAUCCACGAGCAAGGUGAUCAGUGUUGGCCCAGGUGCCAAUAGCACACUGGAAGAUGAAGAGGAGGAAGAUGAAGAGGAGGAAGAUGAAGAGGAGGAAGAGGAAGGAGAGAAGGAUGUGGAGGGAGAUGAGGAGAUAGAAGAGGAGAGGGAUGAGGAGAACCAGGAAGAGAAGAGUUCCCCGGGAAAAUCUGGGAGCAAACUGCGGCGCAUGAGCCUCUUCCGGCGGUCCUCCAAGAGUUCCAAAGAUGUGGCAGCAAAGCUGAAGGCCACAGAGGCUGGGGUGCCAGAAGAAACCAAGAAAGAGCGAAAGGAGAGGGAGAAGCGGGAGAGACUGCUGGAAAAGGAGAAACAGGAGCAGGCCAAACGGGAGAAGCGGGAGCAGGAGAAACGGGAAAAGCAGGAAAAGGAGCGACUGGAGAAGGAGCGGAAGGAGAAAGAGAAGGAGAAGAAGAAGGGAAGGGCCGACAAGAAGGGUGUUGGUAAAGGGAAGCUUGGCAAGUCCUCCGGAAGUCAACUGGAUGGAAUAAGUGAGCAGUCAGAAGAAGAUGAGGAAGAUGAAGACAUUGAAGAAGAGGAGGAUCAUGAGGAAAAUUAUGAAAACGAUGGAAAGGAUAAAGUUGAGGACGGAGAGAUAGAUGAGGUUGAUGAGGAAGAUGAAGGAGAUGACGAUGGUGAUGAAGACGAUGAUAAACAACAGGGGGAAGUCAAUAUUGUGGAAGCCAAGUCCCCCAGAAUGGCAUCAAAACGGAGCCUGAUGAAGAGCCCCUUUGGACGCAGGCAAAAGGACGGCAAGAAGGAUGGUGUGCCACCAGAGGAGCCCAAACCGCCGAAAGAAAAGAAAGGAUGGAAACUAUUCCAGCGCAAGACUGACAGGAAAAUGACAGCAUCCACCAGCAGUGAUGCCAAAGAAGAAGAUGCAACCUCGAAGCAAGCGACAAGCAAAGAGGACGCAGCCAAAAAUACGGGAACCUCGAAGGCAAAUUCACUCCCAGAGGAGGUUGAAAGUGAGGACAAUGGUGAAGAAGAAGAGGAUGAUGAAGAUGAGGACGAAGAAGAGGAUGAUGAUGACGAAUAUGAAGAUGAUGAAGAAGUAUCAGCUGAGGAUGAGGAACAGGGAGAGGAGGUUUCUGAGGAAGAGGAUGACGAGGAGGAGGGAGAAGAUGACGAAGAUGACGAGGAGGAAGACGAAGACGAGGAGCAAGAUGACGAAGAAUAUGAAGAUGACUCCCAGUACCUUGAUGAGCUGGGUGGAACAGGAGGCUCAAAUGCAAGCGACAUCUUCAGUCCUCCGGACGAAGGGAUGGAGCGAUAUGAGGCCGUUUGCGACUUUGCUCCUGAGCAGACUGAAGACUUGGCAUUCAGACGAGGUGACAUCCUAACUGUCAUAAAUACCAGAGACGAUGGAUGGUGGAUGGCUGAAGAUGAGGAAGGGAACCGGGGACUGGUACCCAGCACCUACCUCAAGUUGAAGAAAGAUUACGGUGACUACAGGGACGUACAGUCUCCUGAGGAAGAAGAUCAGGCACGUGCACAAGGUGGUCGUCGAAAAUCAGGUUUGGAGCUGUGGAAAGGACUAAGAAAAGCAAUGAACGAGACAAGUGUGACAGACGUGUUAACUGCAAUGGGUGCUAUCCCGUCUGGAUUCAGACCCUCCACCACAGCCAGACUACUAAAAGAAGACCAAUACAUGUUGAGCAAUGUGCUGAAGCCUCGUCUGAGCCAGUCCUAUCUUGCCUUUAAGGAUUUAUACUGGAAUCCCAAGGACAAUCAGAUCAGAGCUCGUACUGUGCGUGUGCAGAAGAUGGUCUCUCUCAUGAUGCUCAAGAACAUGCCCCAAGUUGGAGCAGGGCUGGAGAUCAAGACAAGACACAUACGGCUGGCAGUUUUUGAUGGAGAUAAGGUCCUAAGUAACAUCCACACAGUGCAGGCCACGUUUGUGGAGUCUGACCCCAGGACUUGGAAGUUUUCACCAAAGAUGACAAGCAUGCUACCAAGCACACUGGAUGGGGACUGCUUUGUUCGUACCAAUCACACAGAUCAGAACAUUGGCAUUCUGUUUGAAAUCUGCAUAUCAUAUCUACGAACAAAAACAGGUGAGAAGGGAGAGUUAAGCUGUGGUUGGGUGCACCUACCACUGUUUGAUGAAGCAACAGGGGGACCAGCAGUCAACAAGGUCUAUGAGGUACCCAUCAAAGGAGGAACUCCAUAUGAACCAGAUGUGGAUGUGGAUCCUUCCAUUAGCAGAAAAGCAUCCACCAGUAAGUUUCGUUCCAUGAUGACAGCUAGUAAGAACCCUAGGCUGGUUGUGAAGCUGUCCAUGCCAACUAAAGAACAGAAGGCUGACUUAGACACAUUGCCCGACACUGUUGUCAGUUGUAGCUGUUACAUAUCGUCACUUUCAAUGUACCGAAGGCUACUAGCUGAGGCCGCACUCAUAGACAGGAUUGACCUUCAAAACACAGAUCUUAUUCAUAGUCCUGUUCUUUCCAGUUUCCCUGAGGCUCUGCAAUAUCCAGACAUAAUGGAUGCUUUGAGGAAUUGUUGGGCAUACAAAAGGCGAACAAUGAAAAAAUCAGACAAGAGAGACCUUGGCCAAAUGAAGAAAUUCUUUGUUGAUGCAUGCAUGGAAAGCAUCUAUCUCCUCCUCCAGUCAGCAACUCUGCCUGCCUACAAGUUUGGUGACAAGGAGAAUGAACAGGAACGAUGGGAGGAAAUCUCGGAUAUGAUGCAGAAAAACCGCACAAGAGGUGUACUGGACUACCUCCUGAAGCCUGGUGUGAUGCAUGCGCCCUUUGACAUUGGAGAAGUGACCUUCAACCUCUUGCAGGUCUACCACGAGGGGAGCUGACGACCGUUGCAUGUUAAUUAAGCUUUGAGUGACUAAUAAUGUCCCAAAGAGUGAUUUUCUGAGCCAUUUAUUCGAACAAUCACUGGAGAACUUGUCAGUGCUCAACACCAAAGAAAACCAAUGAUGAUAUUUAGUUGUCAACAUGACUAUUUGUGAGAACAUUAAUUCAACUUUUCAAUUGUCAUUUGCAAAGGUUUUAAUACUACUUGAGUAAUGCUAGUUUUUCUGGAAAACCAGCCAAUGGAGAUCUGUAUGAUUUUGAUUAUUUUUAAAAUUGUAUUUAUUGGUAUACAAGACAAAAAUGACCAACAGCAGCAGCUGGAAGGGUCACCAAACAAAUGAAAGAAACAAAUAAAUAUUACAAUUAAACAGGAGUCAUACCAUAAAGCAGGUUGUUGAAGGCAAGCUGUAGUCCCAUAGAACUUCACUUUCAAGUACCCAUGUGAUGUUAGAAAGGAUGUACCCAUUUGAGCCCCAGCAUUGGACUUGGGGUUUUAAGCAGCAUGUUUUUCUGGACAUAAUAAAAAAACAGUCAAGCUUGUCAGCAUUAGAAGUACACCAUACGUCACAAAGCCAGUUUUUUCUAGGUGCUGAGCUGUAUUUCACUGAGUGACUUGUGCACUAUAUAGCACUAUAUAGCGAUGUCAAGUGUGUACAUGUAUUAAUAUUUGAUUAAUGCAUUGCCUGUCUUAAGACUGGGUGCACCUGUCAGUUUGAUUACCUUGAAUUGUGAUUUGUGUCUAGGAAAUAAAUUUUGAAUAUAUUUUAAUUUCUAUA